UCGAUUUUUCACUUCGCUUGCUCCUUAGAGAAAACGAAUGUCACAGCAAGCCUAACUUGCUGCAAAAGUUAAUGAAACAUUAACUUUUGGAAUAGAGAAAAUUUCAAGCAAGUGCGCAGACAACUCGAUAAUACAAUACGCGUGUAAUGCAGGGCAUGAAAAUGAACAUCGCGUCUCAGCGUUGGAUGGGCAAUCGGUGAUAGGAUCGGGGGUCGAAUAAUGAUCACAGUCACGAUGUCUUCAAAGCGCUGCCCGCCCUCGACGCCGCUAAUGUCAUCACUCGCUAGUCAUUACAAGCUAUUCUCAGCAUAAUGUGGAGCAAUUUCGUCCGUGAAAAGCAUCAGGAAAUUCACAGUGCUUUUGACUGACAUUUUCUACUUCAGAAAAGCAAGCAAGAUAUUUUUCUUAGUCUUAAGAUAGUCGUCCCAAGAUUGUAAUAGUGAAUUUUUAAGAAAAUAACAUAACUACUAUCAACCAAGGCCUAGUUAAAGUCUUCAAAAUUACGCUAACGAGAACAAAACCACAAUAUUUGUAGAAAAUGUGUUGUUUAUUUCGGGUAUUUAUCGAAACCAGUCGAUCGAUCCAGUUUAGUAAAUCAAAUUUGCAGGUAAAAAGUCAUCUCGCUCAAGCUCAGUGAAAUUUUCCAAUAAAUGAAGAUCCUUUUUCUUCCUGUGGCGUGACGAAUUAAAAAAAAACAUUCAGAUACUUAGGAGUGAGAGCCAUUGUAAUAGAAGUUUUCCCCAACUAAUUCCAGCUUCAGGGCGUGACAGCUGUCUUAUCACGUUGACAAGAGGACAACUAGCCACGGUUUAAAUAAUUUAUAUCGCACAUUCUUUAGUCCUUCUAAGGUAUUAAUUUAACAAAUAGGGGUAAUAAUUUUAUAAUUACUUCUCAUUUCCUGAUCAGAUAUUAUCUCCUGCUACUUAUGAAAAUCGAGUCAACAGGGAACAGAGAGAUUGCCUUAGUUAAACAGUGAAGCGCGCAGGAACCCAAAAACGGAUCCUCUCUCGUCCGGUAUAACGUAUGUGGUGUGCGCAUGGAAUGAGCGAGCGUUGAUACUGAAAGCCAAGUACGGCAUGUGCAGAGCUCAUGAAUGCAAGUUAUGACAUCACCAGAAGGAUACAGAAGCAUGCAUAAGGCCAAGACAUGCUAAAGUAGGAGCAAUGCUAAAAAUCCAACACAGAUAUUUCGGCACAUCAUGAAGAGGUUACAGUUACUCUUGACACUGCAGCUUUUGCUGCUCUUACAACUCCUCGUGAUCUCCAUGGUUGUAUCCAGCCAUGGUCAAGAUAGCGCUCAAGGAAUGGACUUCACAGAAUUCCAAUCUUCUAAAUUAAUGGCGAAUAACGUCCCCCAACAGCUCUCGCCAAUUGAAAAAGCUAAACUUCUACCACAACCCAAAUUAAGUAUUGACUUACGACGUAUUGACAGUGUCCGUGCAUCCUCCAAAAACGGUCAAGAUAAUUCCAGGACUAAGAGAAAAAUCACCCGGGGCAGGAAAAAUUAUUCACAGUCGAAUUCAUCACCUAAAGAAACAAGGUCCAAUAGAAGACCAAGACUGCUGAGGAAAGUCACCAAGAUAACACCGCUGGGUAAGAGACAAGUGGUCCCUGCCACGUUACAACUGAGCGGAGUGGGAGCGAGAUCAAGCCACAGUGAACGACUGAACCGAACCUAUAAAGCGCAGAUCAUGAAGCAGCGCUACUUGGAGUUCAGGUCUCUUCUACCGGGAGCGCAGGAAGGACACUACAUAUCAGAGGAAGAUUUACUCACUGAAGAAGCACCAGAAGAUGAGAGUUCGUCAGCACAUUUGCCAGGAACUGAGCGAGGAAAUGUUCACAGAUUUCAGGGCAUCGUGCUUAAAGAACAGAGAUCAGCCGGUGAAAGCCGGGGAUCGACUACAUCGGGAAAACUUGAGAAAAUACCCACGCCAUUUUUAGCGUCGAAUAUUCGUUCGACUAUAAACCAAGAUACUAAACUGUUAACCGAAAAUAUAGACACAAAUUCAAGUUCCCUUGAGAACAUCGCCCGGCUGCUGGAGAAGCGCCUGGGUCCUGGAGCUCGUAACACUUACGAUCCAUCAAUACUGGUGGAUUUUUUUGCCCUCAUCGCUCUUAACAAGCCACAUACAAAGAUCAGAAAAGUAAACGACGACAUCCCAGGUUUGCUGAUAUCAAGUCGCCGUCGAGGAGGUGACCUCACAGGCAGGUUGAGCCAGAGGGGAACAGACUUAGGCCUGCCGAUCCUUGCAGGGUCCACCCCGCCGGUGGCCCAGGCACAUCAAGGUUCACACGCCAAAGAAAUAGAAAUAAAUCCAAGCGUUGCCGACUCUAUUCAGGAACAACUCCACGACCGAGCAACGUCUUCUUUGGAAUCGCCGUUGAUAUUCUCAGCGGGCGACUUAGGCACAGAUUCGACCACUCCAAGAGAUGGUAUUUCUGUUGACUUGUUCCCUGGGGGAAGUAAGAAUAGAACUUCAGAGUCCAAGGAAGGCAUUCUAAGUGCACUCGACGGAACGAGGAGAGGCAGCGAAUUUGGACCGUUCAGCGACGGAAAUGAUCCAUCUGCUGGGAUCCUUCCCCCUGCUCUACCUCCAGUACUGAAGGCAAGUCUGUACAGCUACCUGGUACCCCGGCUCAUGUACCUCGCGCCCCUCACUGAGACCAUACCAGGAGUGCCAGGUCUCGACUACCCCAUCAUGAGCACAGUACCCUACACAAACUUUUACUGCACCAACAUGCCCUGGCCUGGAUUCUAUGCCGACACUGAGGCAAGGUGUCAGGCGUGGCAUAUGUGUGACCUGGACGGACGGCAAGCCAGCUUUUUGUGUCCCAACGGCACCAUCUUUAACCAGGCAUUCAUGGUCUGCGAUUGGUGGUACAACUCAGACUGCCAGGCUGCACCAUACCUCUACCCUCUGAACGAGCGGCUGUUCCAGCAGCCUCAACUACCGCCGCCCACGCAGCAGCACCGAACCCUCACCGCGCAGGUUCUCGACACUCUCUUCUUGUGAUAGAAUAGAAUAGAAGUGUCGGCACUGAAGAAAUAGACCCAUGGCCUG